GCCUCUCUCUCUAUACCGUCUCGUUAUUGGCUGUUAGUGAUCAACUGAAGUGUCAAUCAAACCACAGUUGCCAUUUGUUCACGUGCUCAUACAACAACAUGGCUGCGACUGGGCUAAAAGAAUCUGAAACUGGCAUGUCUGUUAAGAAAGUUGUUUCCACUGUUUCUCCUUUAGCUUUGCGAAUCGUUGCUGAAUGCCCGGUAACAAAAGCGAGAGCUUGUGAUCUUACACUUCCACACUGUACGGUCAGCACCCCCGUUUUCAUGCCGGUAGGAACGCAAGGUACAUUGAAGGGAAUCACGGUGGAUCAGUUGGAGGGACUUGGAUGUCAGAUUUGUCUUGGCAACACAUACCACUUAGGUAUGAGGCCGGGUCCUGAACUGAUUGAGAAGGCAAAUGGCCUGCAUGGCUUCAUGAACUGGAAGAGAAACCUUUUGACAGACAGUGGAGGGUUCCAGAUGGUGUCUCUUGUUGAACUUUCAGAGGUUACAGAGAAAGGGGUCAAGUUCAGAUCCCCUUAUGACGGCAAGGAGAUCCUGUUGAGUCCGGAACAGUCCAUCAGUAUUCAGAAUAGUCUAGGCUCUGACAUCAUGAUGCAGUUGGACGAUGUGGUCAGCAGUACAGUUACCGGACCCCGGGUAGAGGAGGCUAUGAAGAGGUCUAUUCGCUGGCUUGACCGUUGCAUAGCCGCUAAUAAAAAUCCAGACAAGCAGAAUUUGUUUGCCAUUAUUCAGGGAGGGUUAAACCCAGGGCUACGAAGGGCCUGUUUAGAUGAAAUGACCAAACGAGACGUGCCCGGCUUCGCCAUUGGUGGUCUGAGUGGAGGUGAAGAGAAAGAUGACUUCUGGAGGAUGGUUACACUCAGCACCGAUCACCUGCCCCGCGAGAAGCCUCGCUACCUGAUGGGUGUUGGCUAUGCUGUGGACCUGGUGGUAUGUGUCGCUCUGGGCUGUGAUAUGUUUGACUGCGUGUUCCCUACCCGUACUGCAAGGUUCGGAUCAGCCCUGGUGCCAUGGGGAUCUCUCCAGAUCAAACAUAAGCAGUUUUCAAAGGACUUCCAGCCCAUUGACCCAGACUGCCAGUGUCCCACCUGUAAGAGACACACCCGGGCCUACCUGCAUGCCCUGUUCAAGAGCGACCCUGCAGCCAUGCAUCACAUCACCAUCCACAACAUCGUCUACCAGCUCACUCUUAUGCGGUCAGUGAGACAGAGUAUUGUGGACGGUCAGUUCCCUGAAUUUGUGCGAGCCUUCAUGAAGAGGAUGUACCCCGACCGUGCCCAGUAUCCCACUUGGGCAGUUGAUGCUUUAGCAUCAGUCAACAUCACGCUGGAUUGAAUCGCUAAUUAGAAACUCUGGAACUGUCCCCUGGAGAGAC